GGCCCUUGCACCAGCCUCCAAACCCACCUCUCCUGCAGCAGCUGCUCCGGCAUACUUCGCCGAAUCGCAGCGCACCCGUGGUGUCGGGGCGUGGGCAGAUGGUGUCUCUUCACUUGAGGGCAACAACCAUGGCGGGAGACGCGGGGGAGCAAGACAUCGUGCCGAACGGAAAGACAGGCACAAAAUGGACGGCGGUGGGCCAUAUUUUCUGCGCAAUUGUGGGUGCGGGCGUUCUGGGCCUGCCUAAUUCGAUGGCCUGGCUGGGCUGGGUGGCGGGCCCCAUCUGCCUCAUCGUGUUUUUCGCCGUCUCGAUGUGGAGCUCCCACCUCCUGGCCCGCCUGUACUGCGUGGACGGCAUCGAGUUUGCGCGCUACCACCACGCCGUGCAGCACAUCCUGGGCCGCCCGGGCGCCAUCGCCAUUUCCAUCUUCCAGCUGCUGAACCUGGUGCUGUCUGACAUUGCCUACUCCAUCACCGGGGCCAUUGCCAUGCAAACCGUGGCCGACCUAAUUGGCAGCCCAUUUAGGAGCGAGUGGAAGCUAGUGCUCAUCAUGGGCGCAUUCGAACUCGUCUUCUCUCAGAUCCCAAGCCUGGAGAAGAUUUGGUGGGUCAGCGCACUCGGCACAGCCAGCUCGCUGGGCUAUGUCACGAUUUCGCUCAUCCUGGGCCUGGUGUACAGCGGCAACCGCGGGGGCACCGUCGGCGGGCGCCCUGGCACCUCCCCAGCUAACAAGGCAUUCGGCAUGCUUAACGCGCUCGGCAACAUCGCCUUUGCCUUUGGCUUUGCACAGGUGCUGAUGGAGAUUCAGGACACGCUGCGGCAGCCGCCCAGGGCGGUGCACACGAUGACGAGCGCGGUGCGCGUGGCGGUGACUGCCGCGUUUGGCUUCUACAUCUCCUCCGCCAUUGCGUGCUACAGCGCUCUGGGGAACGGCGUGCCGGGGAUGGUGCUCCAGGGCUUUGAGGAUGCCCCCGAAUGGAUUCUCGUGGUGGCCAAUAUCUGCAUCGUCAUCCACAUGGUCACCGCCUGGCAGGUGUGGGCGCAGCCGGUGUACGAAACGAUUGAGAGCAUCGUCAAGGCUUACAUGAUCAAGCGGCAGAUGCGCUCCGCUGGCCUAGCCCCAGAGAAAGAGGAGUCCAAGUUGGAUGCAAAGGUGGCGGAGCCUCACAAGCCGUCGCCCUUUGAUGUGGGUCACCGCCCCGGCAGCGUCACGCACCAGCACCAGGCCGAAGAGGUGCACCACUUGCCACCCGUGACAGAGACCGUGGACAUGGAGAGGGGGCUGUCAGGCGCCUCAUCUGGGCGCAGCGACCGCUUGAGUCGGCGUUCCACAGCACGCACCUCCGGCAGCAUGGCCAUCCUGAACAGCGCCCCCAUCCCAGACCUUUUGCCCGCGGGAGGGUGGAAGCGGCGGACCCGCGGCGCCGGCUCCAAUGCCUCCCUGGCCUCCAUGGACAAGCCGAAGGACAGCGCCACGGGGGCACACCCCAACCUCAACCGCAGCAGCAUCGGCAACCACCUGGCGCGCCUGUCUGUGGAGCUGGGCAGCGAGGCAAUGUACCACAUCGAUACCGGCGCCGCCAAUGAGCACGUCCCCAUGAACGAUGAAGGCUACUACCUGCCGUUCUGGCAGCGCCUGGUCAUCCGCUCCACAUACGUCCUGCUGUGCACCAUCAUCGCCAUGAGCCUGCCGUUUUUCAACGCGAUUGUUGGAUUGAUCGGCGCAAUCACGUUCUGGCCGUUGACCGUCGGUUUCCCGUUCGCCAUGUAUGCCAAGGUGUACAAGCCGGCAGGUCCGAUGCUGCUGCUGAUGAAAGUGACCGCGCUUGUCAUGCUUCUGGUGGCAGUUGCCGCCGCCAUUGCGUCCUGCCAGAACAUCAUCGACUCAUGGAGUACAUUCACUUUCUUCAGCUGAGGCCCUACUAUCCCCGUAGAGCUGGUGCAUUUGCGGUGAUGCUGCACUGGCUACUUUGUUGCUUGCAUCCACAGCACCUCCCCUUCUCAUACCUUGUUUCUUUUGUCCUGCCAACCUCAUCCCUCCCCCCUCUCCCGAUGGUUGAUGCCCGUUGAUCACGUGUGUCCCCUGUGACAGCAUAAUGAGUUCUGCCACACAAAAACUCCCUCGAAUGUUGCGUUUCCAAAUGCCUAAUUUUGCAAUCGACAGAUGCAGCAGCUUCCCAGCUGCUGCAACCUUCCAACCAGCGUCCUCUUUCAUAUUCGUAUGUUUGCAGUUGUGUAUCUGCAGGUUGACUCCCCCCCCCACCUUUCUCAAAAUUUCCCCCCAGCAGUACGAUGUUUUCCUGCACAGCUGAGUCACAGCCAACUUGCUUGAGAGUGUUUACACUCCGUAUGUUAGCAAGAGCAGCACACCAAUCGAAUUGAGUGGGGCUGGAAUGGCAACAUGCAAAGCAGGUCAGCUGAC